UGGAUUCGGUCUUCUCAAGUCUCGCCUGUGAAAUGAGCAGAGCAUACAAAUCCAGCGGGAUAUUCAAAGACUGAAACAGUGAAACGAAGAAUAAGAAAGGAGGAACGUAUCAGACUCUUGAAGCGAAACCCUAGUUUUCUGGGUAUUAUGUUUGCUGGACAUUUACCAUUGCUGGCAUGCGAGCGUUAUAGGUUAAAUUCUUUUGGUGUUUUCUCUGAAGAAAACCCAAACAACUUCAUCUUUGGAGGAAGCAACUAUGCUACCUACGGGAUCGAAAGAAACCCCAAUUCGUGAGAGCAACCAGAAGGUCCACCCUCAACCCCUUGAAGAAACCAUGGAUCAGAAUCAGGAACCUGUGGACGCCCUGAUAUCCAAAAUUUUUGCGAACAUUUCCUCUUUAAAAUUAGCCUAUAUCCGACUCCAAGAGGCCCAUACUCCUUAUGACCCAAACAAGAUUCAAGCUGCUGACAAACUCGUGAUUGAAGAACUCAAGAACCUCUCUGAACUCAAGCACUCAUACAGGGAGAACAAUCCCAAACCUGUUUCCGUUUCUCCUCAUGACCCCCGUUUAGCUGCUGAAAUCCAAGAACAACAGAAUCUGUUGAAGACCUAUGAGGUAAUGGUGAAGAAAUUCCAGUCGCAGCUUCAAGCUAAAGAUUCUGAGAUCCUUCAAUUGCAACAGCAGAUUGAAGAAUCAAAUCAGAAACGGGUGAGACUAGAGAAGAAGCUCAAGUUAAGGGGCAUGCCUGCCAAAGAAUCUCAAGAUUCUGGGGAUAUCAAUGGGUUCUUCUCCAUGGACUUAAAUCCAGAUCUCUUCUCCUCGGCUGUGGAGGUUGCUUACAGAGAUAUCCAUGAUUUUUCUAAACCAUUGAUCAACAUGAUGAAAGCUACGGGAUGGGAUCUUGACGCAGCAGCCAAUUCCAUCGAACCCACUGUUGUUUAUGCAAAAAGGGUUCACAAGAAGUAUGCAUUUGAGUCCCAUAUAUGCCAAAGAAUGUUCAGUGGGUUUCAGGAAGAGAGCUUCUUGGUCAAAUCAGAUAAUCUUACAGUCACUAAAGAGGGAUUCUUCCAUCAGUUUCUAGCCUUGAAACCAAUGGAUCCCUUGGACAUUUUGAGCCAAAACCCAGAUUCUAUUUUUGGGAAAUUCUGCUGCAGCAAGUACCUUGUGGUAGUUCAUCCAAAGAUGGAGGCUUCCUUUUUUGGGAAUUUGGAUCAGAGGAACUAUGUGAUGGGUGGUGGCCAUCCAAGGACACCCUUCUAUCAGGCUUUUUUGAAACUGGCCAAGUCUAUAUGGCUUUUGCAUAGGUUAGCAAAUGCUUUUGAUCCCAAGGUUAGGGUCUUUCAGGUCAAGAGUGGGAGUGAGUUCUCAGAGGUUUACAUGGAAAGUGUGGUGAAAAAUGGGGUGCUUGAUGAUAGCAAUCAGUGUCCUAAGGUUGGUCUUAUGGUUAUGCCAGGUUUUUGGAUUGGGGGGAGUGUUAUCCAGUCCCAGGUUUACAUAUCAGGCAUGAAGUGUGCUGAAUGACUGACCUGUGGCUCUGAAGUGGAAAUACCGUAACAAAUGUUUAUUUGUGUGCUUAUUUAGAUAUUUUUCUUUCUUUGUAAUAUAUUUCCGCAGGUGGUAUUGGAGUGUUUAUCCAGCUUCUUUUCAAUAGAACUUUAACUUGCUUUGUCCUUGCUU